UUGGAGCGAUUGAGAGGGAAAACACAGAAUAUACGCUAAUGUAGAGCGUUCCCGUCGCGUCCCGGAGCUUCCCAUGCGUGAAGAAGGUCACGAUCUACACGAAGGAGGAGUCCUACAUCGCCAAACAGAUCGUGACGUCCAGAAGAUGAACAAGAGCUGAACGAGUGGGCUGCCAACACGUUUGUCCUCGUGAUCUCGGUGGAGAUGUGAUAGCCAAAGCAGAUCUGAACAGAGUUCGGGUUAGAAAUCCUAGAUUAGAAGUUUUGUCAUAGCAAUUCAGAGAAGUGUGUCUCAUCAUGUUGUUAUGUACAGGUGUAACUUGCAUCUAGUGAUUUAGUGGAGGGCUAUUACACGGACGUGGGCCCCACAGAUUAGGAGAGUUUCUCCGAACUGCGUAAACAUAUCUGGUGUUAUUUUUACACUUUUUACAGUUACAGCAUUAUGCCCAGUAGGCGCUGUAACACCCUCUGCGUCAUCUGCUUCUGUGUGUGCUUGUGACAGAGAAGUGUUAGAGCACAUUGUCCGUCAUCUGUUUCUGGACAGUGCUGCAACAUCUUCUCUGCAGCAGAAUUGGUUGAUUUGUUUGCAUGGUUUUUAAUUGGUGAUUUCCGCUGCGCCCCCACGAACUGCCCCCACGAACUUACAGGAAUGUCCUUAAUGUUGAUAUGCCAACUAUAGCCCCUUGAGAAGAGGAACAGAACAUCUGUUCAAAUGUUGUUUGGCUCUAUUGUUGGAGGCUCAAGUAUUGAAGAAAGACAGCGAUGUGCUAGAGAAGUUGCCAGCGAAAUUUGUCAUGUUAUUGGAUUGGUGGCUUUGGAUUAGAGAGAUUAUAGAGGAACACACUGUUCUUUAGUGUUGUUACUGAAAUUUUAGUGCACACAUCUUUCCUUUUGUUCCUUUUUCAGCAGUAUUUUUGGGAGUGUAACUACAUUUUCAACAGUAUUUUUUGUAAUUGUGUGGCAUGAACUAACAACUCAAAUUCCAUAUAAGUUACUACUAAAAACGAAGGACCCUAUCAAAUCCAGAUUUUUUUUUAAAAAAAGGGGCGGAGACAGGGGGGGCAUGCCUGGGCAAGUGCCCCCGGCGAAAAUCCGGCGAAUUAGCAUUAGGUACCCAAUCGGCGAUGGGAGGCUGAAUUUGCCCCCCCAGAUUUUUCGAAGCUUUCCUUGGUCCGGCCGGCGGCAGCAGCUCGAAGAAGAAGGAGCCAUUCCCGAAGAAAAAGAAAUCCCGGCUGCUGAAGAUGGGCGUGAUGUUGUGAUUCUUGGGAAGGUGAAUGGAAUCGGACGGCUCAAUUUUAUCCGAAAUAACCAAAUCUGGCCGUCAAUUACAAACGCCGGUUGGUCUGGAUUUUUUCGUGAAGAUUUGCAACGUUUUCUCUCCACCCGAGUCCCUCUGGUUUUCCCUACUGCGGAUUCUCCGAUACCGGCCCAUCAUCGCCAGAUUCUCCUCUGCCGGGGUCUUCCAAAUUACAAUCCCGACCACCUUUACUUUGUCUGGUGUGUCGUUGAAGCCGCGGGCAGCUUUUGAGUCAAGAUCUCUUCAGAGGUUUAAAUAAUAUGGAUACAGAGGUGAAUAAAGAUGAUGAGUUCUCUUUAGAUGCUUAAGAAGCUAGCAGGAAUAAUGGCAUAAAUAGUAGUUGAAGAGUGCUUUUGGCUGAGUGUGAUAUGGUCAUAUGCUAUUUAUUGGAUGAUGUUGUCUUAUAAUGAAGAUGGUCUCUUAAGCGUGGCUAAUCAUGAAGAUCUUUAAUGUGGAGCAUGACCUUGGGCUUGCAUUUUGCACAUCAAUCUCUUAUAAAUUUGUUUUGUUGAUUUGGAUUUGGCUCCAUGCUGUCAUAGUGGGCAAAUAUUUGGUGUUUUUAUUCUUUUGGAAUCAAGUAAAAACACAUCAUUAUC